CUCUCUGGCGCCUGAGCAGUUAACCAGCGAUCCGCGUCGCUGAGGAGGAUAGCUGCUCCGCUCUGAUUGGCUGAGAGUGCCGACCCCGCCCACCUCCCCGCCAGCCUAUCGCGUGCGUUGUCCGGCGGUGACGCGGCUGUUGCUAGCGCUCGCUCUGUACGUGCUGCUGAGGAGGAAGGUGGCGGCGGUCGGGGGGGGCGUGGAUGGCAUUCUCCAGCAGCCAGGGUCGAGGUAUGGAGCGCAGGCAGGAGAGCAAAGCUGGCCCGCGGGCCUUGGCCGGGAACCCGCAGCUCAGUGAGGGAGCCGUCCCCCGGGUCGCGAAGCAGGAGCAGGAGAAGCUCUCCGGGGUGGUGAAGAGCGUCCACCGGAGCCUGCGGAAACAGUACCUGGAAGGUAACGGAGCUGUGACUGGGUCCUCCGUGGCCUGUCCGGUCCUUAAACCGGCCAAAAACACGGAUAUUCCGCUAACUGCACAAAAAAACUACAACUCCCAUGAUGCUCUGCCACCCGCUAGAAUGAUAGAGCAUCACGGGAGUUGUAGUUCUAAAUCAGCCUGCGGGAUAUCCAGCCCGUGUCAGUCUCUGAGUUUUACCCAAUCUCUUUAUUCUUAUUGUGAAUAGGACGCCAACAUAGUCUGUAGCGCUGCACAAUUUGGGGUUUAAACCGUAAACAAGGUAGAUGGGGGUACAAUCAGGAACAAUAGAGGGUGGGGGACUUGGCUCACACAGGCUAACAAUCUAAAGUGUUUGGAAUCUCAAAUAUUAGCUGAGGAUUCUAUUAUAAUCAUCAACGUUCCAUGAUAUUCUAUCCAGGCCUGCAUUGAAACUCCUGGCAGCUGCUCCUUUUAUUGUUUGUUUAUAACCUGCUACUGUUUAAAGGGACAGUAUGUUGUGCUUUGAGGUUUCAGUACUUCUUGCAGGUUUGUUGUUGUUGGUCACUUAAACGUGAGAUGCUUGGAGUUUAAAGUUAUUGCAACAUUUUAGACAAACUUAAAAUAGCUGAUUUAACUUUUUUCUCCUCCAUGUUUGUUUUAACUUUUUGUAUUUAUUUAUAUAUAUAUAUUUUUUUUAACUGUUACUCAACAUGGAGUAGUGUUAAGUAGCUCAUUGAAAAACGAAUGGGGGAAAAAGUUCAGGCUUAAAAUAUCCCAGCUUUAACCGUGACUGACUGAGUGAAUGUAUCCAAGUCUGAUGCAAUUCGGAUUUCCGCUUACCCCACUUCGGGAGUUCUGUAAAAAACAAAACAAAGCCCUGACUUGGCUAUUGUUUAAGGUUUCAUGUCCGGACAUGACCUGGCCUAAGUGUCUGUGCUUUAGACCAACAACUCAACUGGUUUUGUGUAAAGCUCAACAUUAAAAUGUUCAAUAUUUUACUGCAUUUAAGUGUUUACAGGUUUAAUAUAAAAACGUUUUGUGUGUGUGUGUGUGUGUGUGUGUAUAUUAUUAUUAUUAUUAUUAUUAUUAAUAAUAAUAAUAAUAAUAAUAAUAAUAAUAAUAAUAAUAUUAUAUACACACACUCUUCAUGCGUUAAAGGCUUAUCAGUAGGUUAUGGUAUUAAAAAAUUACAACCCUCUCUGCAUAUUUCAAGCUAUUCGUCCUUAUUUUAAAGUCUAUUCUCACAAUGUUUAUACGAUAUUGGAGGAUUAACUGUCCUCUCUAUGUAGCCAUGUAGUGGGAUUUAAAACUUUUUUUUGGGGUGGGUUCUGUAGGGUAAUAAACAUUUGGCAUGCACAAUCAACAUAUAGGUGACAUAUCUGCCCAACAUUAGUUAUUUUUUGUUUUGUGGAACAAAAAAAGAGCUUUCACUUAAAGCCAGCAAAAACUUUCAAACGAUCACACAAGCCAAAAUAAAGCAAGACAAACUCUGAAAAUGAUGUAGAUAACCAUUAUAAACUUUUUCAGAUUGCAUUAUUGGGAAUACCUAUUAGCUAUAUGGCCCUCUCUUCCAUUUUACCCACCCAUCUCCUUUUCAGACCAGUCCACUAAUAACAAACAAGUAAUCAACCAGCAGCAGGAGAGCGAAACCUGACACCACAGCCUGCUCUACAUGAUCAGACUCCCUCUCCUCCUCUUAGGAUGUUGCAAAGUGAAGAGAUCUUCCAAGGACAUAUGUAUAAAUGUCAGUCAUGCCCAAUGCACUUUUCAGAAUUCCUAGAGAUCGCACGACACUGGUUAUAUCAGUAGGUGUGAAAAAGCAUUAGUAAUAAAAUGUAGUUAAACACCAAAAAACAACCAUAAUUAAAGGACCACUCUAGGCACCCAGACCACUUCAGCUUAAUGAAGUGGUCUGGGUGCCAGGUCCAGCUAGGGUUAACCCAUUUUUUAAUAAACAUAGCAGUUUCAGAGAAACUGCUAUGUUUAUGAAUGGGUUAAGCCUUCCCCCAUUCCCUCUAGCGGCUGUCUCAUUGACAGCCGCUAGAGGCGCUUGCGUGCUUCUCACUGUGAUUUUCACAGUGAGAGCACGCCAGCGUCCAUAGGAAAGCAUUUGAAUGCUUUCCUAUGAGACCUACUGAAUCGCGCAGCUCUUUUGCCGUGCGCAUUCAGCUGAAGGAUUGGAGGAGAGAGUUCCCGCCCAGCGCUGGAAAGGUAAGUUUUUUUUUUUUUUUUUUUUUAACCCCUUUCCCCCUUUCCAGAGCCCUGAGGGUGGGGGCACCCUCAGGGCACUAUAGUGCCAGGAAAAUUAGUAUGUUUUCCUGGCACUAUAGUGGUCCUUUUAACUGCUUUUUAUCAUCCUGCAGAGUGAGGAAACUAUGUAAUUCGAAGCGAAAGCUUUUGUAUGAUCCUGUUUUUCGGUGAUGCAUGUCCCUUUUAACUUGGUCUUCAGUGAGCCCAUCUGUUUUACACUAGUUUUAGCACUCUUUUGCAUUACAAAGAGAACCUAUACCUUAAAACUUUCACUUAUAUUCCAGAAAGACUGCUGCACAUGAUGCUCUGACUUGGGUUUCUUGGAAGUGUAGUUUGCAUUGGUCUUCAAUAUUUUGGUUGUGAUGCACUCUAAUUCAGAUUAAACAUUUGUUUAACAAGUGCUUUAAAGAAAGGGACACUCCAAUCCCCAUAACGAAGGCUUCCCCAAACUCCGGCCCUCCAGAUGUUGCUGAACUACAACUCACAUGAUUCCCAGCCUAUCUAUUUAAUUCUUAGAAUCAUGAGAGUUGUAGUUCAGCAAAAUCUGAAGUUUGGGGAAGCCUGCCCUAGAGCAUUUCACCUUGCUGAAGUGCUUUAGGGAUUAAAGGAACACAAACCAGUAUUUCUGACAUUAGUGUUAAAAACACAAUCUGCUGACUUAGCGCAGUAGUGUUUUGCUGCUCACGCGCAUUAGACUCCCAAUGCGUUCUUACAGGAAAGCAUUGGAUUGGCUGAGAUCACGCGGCACUUGAAAAGAAUAAAUUAAAAUGUCUUUUUCAUGAGCGGCAAGGGUGUCUGAACACCUACAUAUUUUUUUAUUUAUUUUUUUUCUCCUUUAACACCUAGAGUGAUGUAUUCCUCACACUAUAUUUUUCCUUUUAAUGAUUCUAAAUGGACACAAGUCACAGAUGAUGACUUCACAAGUAGAGGAUCAGAGCUGCUAUGGCAAGGAGAUUCUCUCGGUGCUGGAUAAAUGUGAGUUUAUUAGUUUUAUUAGAAUAUAUUGAAGGGAUUAUUGGUAUUUUAAACCGUUUAAGGAACAUUACAAACAAAUGUAUUAUUUAAUUGGAGUGUUUCUUGAAAAGAUGUUAAGCAGACUGCUUGCAUUGAGCCAUAUAACAGUCCUGACCAUAAGAUCAAGGGAGUGUCCAAAGAAAGUGACUAGCUAUACAGAAUAUCAUGUUUAAUUGCUUAGAAUGCAUAUUCAGUCCCUGCCUCCAUCACCUCACACGUCUGCCAAAAACAGAAACUAUUAAAGUACUUCUCCUUUUUUUUUUUUUUUUCUCUUCCCUCUUAUGCCGUGAGAAUAAUGACUAAAUCUGUAUAAUCGGGCAGUGUGUAGAACAAGCAUUUGUACAAAAAAAAUUCCUCCAAUCCCUCAAAGUGCAUGAACCCAAGUAGAUAAUUAUAAUUAGAAGAAAAAAGGAAGUAAAGAAAAAUAGACUUUGUUAGGUGUUGCCAUAGGUAUAUCGCCCUGCUUUCAAAAUCCCAGACAUCAUAAACCAAUCCAAAACUUAAAGGGUCAUUCCGGGCAACAUAACAACUUCAUUAUAAUACAUAUUUCUAAGCCUUUUUUUGACAUGGGAGCUGCAGGGGGCAGAGUUAGCGCAGGAGUGGAAAAUUUGUGGUUAAAUUGUUCGUGACCUGUUUAACCCGUAAAUGUAAGCCAGUGCCAGGGUCCAUCUGACAAUAUAAAUAAUGUAACCACUUCAUUUUUAUGAAGUUGUUAUGGUGCCCAGAGGUCCCCAUUAGGUUUUAAGAGUGACCUUUAUUGUAUGGGUGUCUAAAUUAAAUCUAAACAAAUAAAUGUAAUUCCUUUCUUUUGCCAAUUGUAGAAUUUGCUGUAUACUGCUUUUUGGAACUGAAUUCACAAACCCUUAUAUCAUUAUUGUGAAUGCUCAUCAUAUUGUCUAUACAAAAAAUGCAGGUCAAAGAUUGCAUAUUCAAAGCUGUAAACUUUUUGUUUAUGAAGGAAACCAGCUUGCUCUGCAAGAAAUUCUGGAAAAGCAAACUAAAGUCCUCAGCUGUUUACAUGUUGGUGACUAUUCUCUAACAUCAUCUGUUUAUUUAGCUGAUACAUUCAGCAAGGACUUGGGAGCUCACAUUUGGAAGAUGAAAACGGAUUCUAUAUCUUCGAACCCUGUCUAGUUUACAAUUUAAAGGGAAAACGUAAACAUUUCUUGCUGGUGGCUUUUUGUUUUUUUUAUUUUUCCCCUUCUAAGUUUUCCUUAUUUUGUAUUAAAUGGACACUAUAGUCACCCAGACCACUUCAGCUCAAUGAAGUGGUCUGGGUGCCAGGUCCCUCAGCUUUUAACCCUUCAGAUGUAAACCUAGCAGUUUCAGAGAAACAGCUAUGUUUACAUAGUAGGGUUAAUCCAGCCUCUAGUUGUCUUCCUGACAGCCGCUAGAGGCGCAUCUGACGCUGGAUGCGAAAUUCACAUCUAACGUGCAGAGCAUCCAUAGUAAGGCAUUGAGAAAUGCUUUCCUAUGGACUGUUUGAAUGCGCGCAGCACUUGCCGCGCAUUUUCAUUUCUCUCCACUUGGGAGCUGAUGUUGGCGGGGGAGGAGUCACCAGCGCCGAGGGAGCACGGCACUGGAUUAAGGUAAGCUACCCCUUCAGCGCCACGAGAGGGGGGCCCUGAGGGUGGAGGCACUCUUAGGGCACUAUAGUGUCAGGAAAAUGGGUUUGUUUUCCUGACACUAGUGAUCCUUGAAGUCAAAUAAAAUGGUGCAUAAUUGCCACUGACAAUUUUUGGAUCAAUAGCAGUUACCCAGAAUGGCUUGUUAAAAGAAAUAUUACUGCAUGUUUUUAAAGGGACACUAUAGUCACCAGUGCAACUACACUAGCACCCCUGGGCCCCUCAUGCGUCCAUAAAUAUAGUAAAAAUCUUACUGUAUUCAAGCCAGAAGCUUUUAGACUCGGGGGGGGGAAAAACAAGCAGUCUGCUGACAUGUGAUAGCCUGAUCCAAUCACAGUGCUUCCCCAUAGGAUUGGCUGAGACUGACAAGGAGGCAGAUCAGGGGCAGAGCCAGCAUGAUUCAAACACAGCCCUGGCCAAUCAGCAUCUCCUUAUAGAGAUGAAUUGAAUCAAUGAAUCUCUAUGAGGAAAGUUCAGUGUCUGCAUGCAGUGGGAGGAAAUAAUGAAUCACAGGAUGCUCGUGCACAGCAGAUCUGAGUGGAUGGAGGCAUAUUAUACCUCCAUCAACUCAGUAGUCCCUCUGGUUCACUGCAACUGGAGGUGUUCCUAGCUUUCAAUGUAAACACAAUUUAUUUUUUAUUUUUUUAAGAAAAUAGUGUUUACAUGAGAGAGGCUGCAGGGAGCUAUAGUUCUCACCUGAACAACCUCAUUAAACUGAAGGUGUUCAGGUGACUAUAGUGUCCCUUUAAUAAUUGGAAAGGGUUUUCAAUUUUUAUGUGUUGGGUUGUGUGAAAGUAGAAAACGUAAUCCUAAUGUCCGAUAUACUGUCUAGACACCUGAACAUCACACCUACAUGAGCAUGUUGGACAUCCAACCAUUGCUGUUCUAGGGAGGGAGGCUUACUGCUAUAAUUAAUAUUCUGGGGGAAUUUGUACCCAUUCAGCCAAAAGAGCAUUUGUGAGGUCGGGUAUGAUUGAUAUUGGACUGUCUUUGGAUAAAAAGAAAAUGCUUGCAAUCUCUGCUUCAGUUCAGAGCUCUGCAGUCACAUUCUUUCACACAACUAAUCAAUCCAUGACUUCGUAGACCCUGCCUUGUGCACAGUCAUGCUGGAAUAGAAGGCUUUCGUCAAACUGUUUGUUUUGUUUUUUCUACAUUUGCUACAAAGUUGGAAACCUUUAGCUGUUCAGUGUCUUUCUAUUGUGUAGUGUUAACCCCUUAAGACCGGAGGGCGUACUAUUACGUCCUCUAAUAGGCGGCUCUAAACGCCGCCGGGCGUAAUAGUACGCCCUCCGGUCUUUAUGUACUUACCCGGUCGCCGGCGGUCCCACGCCGGCGAUAGCGGUGGGGGGGACUCCCAGGGAGCCCCCCGCGGCACGACCGUCCUCCAGGAAGCCCCCCGGCCGUGUGAGAGUGGGGUCCUAGCGAGGACCCCACAAUCACAUGGCCGGGGAUAGCUGGCUUCUGUAUUGCCAGCAGGGGGGCUGCCUGUAAUGACAGGUGGUCCCCCUGCUGGCUGAAAAUAAAAAUGAAAUAAAUAGUGUAAAAAAAUAAAUAAUAUAUACUUAGAUCAUAUAUAUAUAUUAUAUAUAUAUAUGAUCAAAGUAUAUAUAUACACAUAUACAUACACACAUGUACACCGUCUAGGUGUAUUUUACUAUUAAUAUAUAUAUAAUUAUAUAUAUAUAUAUUAAUAUCAAAUUACACGUACACUGAUACUGAUUAAAUAUAUAUAUAAUUAUUGUUAUAUAUAUAUUUAUAUAUAUUAUAAAAAAAAUUAAAAUGUAAAUACGUUAAAAAAUAAAAUUACAAAAAUAAUUAAAAAUAAAUAAUUAAAAAAUAUAUAGAUGUGUGUUAUUUCGUUCUAACUGUAUUGUGAAAUUAAUAUAUAUAUAUAUAUAUCAAAAUACACAUAGAACGAAAUAAUAUAUAUAUAUUUAUACACAUAAAUAUAUACGUAUAUAUCACUAUAUAUAUACCUAUAUAUAAAUAAAAAUAUUUUUAAAAAAUUAUAUAGAUAUAUACAUAUAUAUACACAUACGUAUAUAUAUACAUAUAUUGAUUCUACAUAUAUAUUUAUGUAAUAUUUUUACAUAAUUAGGUAUCUUAAUUAAUUACAAUUAGCAGGACCUGCAUGACAACCCAUGCCGAAAGUAAAGGGAAUUUAAUUUGCUAGCACUAUAUUUAACCCUAUAACUUUCCGAGACACCAUAAAACCUGUACAUGGGGGGUACUGUUCUACUCGGGAGACUUCGCUGAACACAAAUAUUAGUGUUUCAAAACAGUAAAAUGUAUUACAACGAUGAUAUCGCCAGUAAAAGUGACGUUUUUUGCAUUUUUCACGCACAAACAGCAUUAAACGGACAAUAUUAUUGCUAUGAUACUUUUUACUGUUUUGAAACACAAAUAUUUGUGUUCAGUGAAGUCUCCCGAGUACAACAGUACCCCUCAUGUACAGGUUUUAUGGUGUUUUCAAAAGUUACAGCAUCAAAUAUAAGGCUUGCGUUUCAUUUUUUUCACAUUAAAAUUCGCCAGAUUGGUUGCGUUGCCUUUGAGACCCUAUGGUAGCCCAAGAAUGAAAAUUACCCCUAUGAUGGCAUACCAUUUGCAAUAUUAGACAACCCAAGGUAUUGCAAACAGGGUAUGUCCAGUCUUUUUUAGUAGCCACUUAGUCACAAACACUGGCCAAAAUUGGCAUUUUUUGCAUUUUUCACACAAACAAAUACUAACGCUAACUUUGGCUAGUGUUUGUGACCAAAUAGCUACUAAAAAAGACUGGACAUACCCCAUUUGCAAUACCUUGGGUUGUCUACUAUUGCAAAUGGUAUGCCAUUAUGGGUGUAAAUUUCAUUCCGGGCUACUAUACAGUCUCAAAGGCAACGUAACCAAUCUGGCGAAUUUCAAUUUCAAAUGUAACGUGCUAUAUUUGACCCUGUAACUUCCCAAAACGCCAUAAAACCUGUACAUAGGGGUACUGUUUUACACGUGAGACUUUGCUGAAUACAAAUAUGUGUAUUUUAUUGCAGUAAAAGCAAACAGUAUUAUGACACUGACCGUUUAAUUGUCAUGUAGAACUAAAAAAAUCCAAUAAAAUCGUAUUUUCUCCCAUUUUUUCAUAUUAAAUUAUGUUUCAUAGCUAAAUAUUUGAUAUUAAAUGAAAGCCCUGUUUCCCCUGAAUAAAAUGAUAUAUAAUAAGGGUGGGUGCAUUUACUAUGAAAGAGGUGUAUUACGGUUGGACAGACAUGUAGCGCAAAUGCCAGGUUUUGUUUACAUUUUGUUUUGUUCACAACGUGUACAUUUGGCUCCGUCCUUAAGGGGUUAAAUCCUGAAACUGCCCCAGAUCGUUAUCCCUCCUCCACCGAACUAUACCGACUUUAUUAGAACAUAUAUUCGGCAUCUUUCCAAUAAUAUGUACCAGUCUUGUAAUUUACUGAAAACUUACUUGCCUGUCCCAGUUACUGCACCCUGUCCUCCACAUCUGGAAACUCCAGCUAGUGUGGUGCCAUGUUGUGACCUUGUUUGACACCUCCCUGUGAGUCCCUGCAUGAGGUGAGACCAUGAAUAAUCUGCUGUAAUGUACAGGGUUGCUGAGAGUGAUGGCAAUAUGACUUCCGUCUUCAUGUUAAGUUAAUGCCAGAUUUGUGUAGAAAUUGUGUUGCCUUUUUAAAACUUUAAACAUACAGAUUAUCGGCAAACGUCCCAAAAGGCGAACUAUAAUCUUUAUCAGCAUCGACUCAGGAAAAAUUACAUUGGUUGAUCCCUAAAUAGGACAUAGAGGUCUGAAGCAUAACUGGUAGGCCAUAACGACUUGGCUUGAGAAACGGGAAUUUUUAAAGUCCCUAAACUCUUCAGUAGGAUGCAUUGUACUUUGUAAAGAUUACAUUACAUGCUGGAUUUUGUGUACCUGUUAGCAAUGAGCGAGGCUGACACCUGAACACAAUAAUUAGGAGUGAUGUAUGGCUCAUGUAUACAAAAGGGAUAUGUUGUGGUAUGAUUAGAUAUGCCAUACCAGAAGUUAAGAUUAAGGCUCACUGAAUUGUGAGGCAAAACUGGAAAGCGCUCUUUCAAGCACUCAAACACAAUAAAUUAAAUUUUAAAUUAAAAAUGGUAACUGAUUUAUGACACUAUAACAACUUUAGAUAAGUUUAUUUAUGACUACGCUGUUCCUUUUUAAAUUCAUUGUGAAAGUGUGGUCAUAUGAUUAUUCUCUCAUUCCAUAACCAUGUCUACUGUGUAAAAGGGAAGCUGCCUUCAGGGUUCCACCCUCAGCGUAACCUCAUGAGCAGUUUGCGUAAAAUAUACAGCAUUUAUGCUGCCGUUACUUUUUAUUGUUAGAGAGAAAUCACUGUAGUCUCUGCUUCUAUCUUGAAAAUCAUGCAUUACGAGCAGUCAUGUCAUGAAGUAGAAUGUCUGAUUUAUUCAGACAAUGAAUUCUCAUUUUAAAGUACAUUUUAAAGUAUCUUUCACGAUCAAUAUCUUAUCAUAUAUAUUUAUAUAUUUUAAUUUUAUUAAAAUGCUUUAAAGCAGAGGUGGGGAACCUUUGGCCGUCCAGAUGUGGACUACAUCUCCUUUGCUGCUUUGCCAGCCUUAUGGUUGUAAGAGCAUAAUGGGAGAUGUAGUCUAAAACAUCUGUAGGGCCGAAGAUUCCCUAUCCUUGCUUUUAAAGGGUAACUAUAUAGUGCCCAGAAAACUAUGGUCACUUACCUGGGUCCAGCUCCGCUAUCAUUCAGCACUGGCUUCGAUCCGCCUUCUCUCCUCCCCUGUUGACGGAGGAGACCUAAUGCGCAUGCGCGGCAGUAGGAUGAAAUGCAUUAUUCAGUACUUGCCUAUGUGGUUUUGGUGACGCUGGGCAUCCCCAUGCAUAGCUUGAAGACGUCCAGCGUCAGGUGACCGAAAGUCCCUUUAGUGGCUGGCUGCUUUUGGAGCAGCUGCAGAGUAAGUAAAGUGGUGGCCACUGGUCACGUUGGCUAUACGGAGUUAAACUCUGCCAUGCACACUCAGCUGAUUAGUUGAGAAAGUCACACAAUUAAAAAUCAACUGCCACAGACAUUUCAUUAGGCCUUUUGCUAAUUUUAGUUUUAGCUAUAACCCUUGUCACUGUUAUGUAUGAGUCUUAAUUGUGGGUUUUACUUAAAUGUGUUAUGCUCUGGAUUUUACAUUAUAUUGCAUGUGUCUUUUGGUAACCUAGUAUAAUAGCCGCCAUCUAUAUUUUAUUUUUUAUUUUUAUUUUUUUUCAUCAGUUUAUGCAUACAUCUUAAUGUCAAAUGUUAUAAUGAUCUGUAUCUUGCUUAUCAGGACACUUUCUCAUGCAUUAUGUUCUUUAAAGCUAAUUAUUACAUCCCACACUUCUUAUAAGUUGUAUUUAGACUUAAAUGUUUAAUAUAUUCAUAUUCCUUCUUUUGUUUUAAAGAUGGCAAUUUUGAUAAAGUUUGGAAUCAGCAUUGUAAAGAUGAAAGAAAACUUGGUGAAUAUGCAUGUGCAAUGAAAAGCUUGGCUGACAAUUACUGGACAAAGAAAUGUGAAGGACAAAGUCGCAUUGAAUGGUGCCUUGGGUAAAUAUUCAGAAACCUAAAUUGUGAAGACUAGCAGGGCGGGACAAAUGGCAGGGUCUAGAGAGCUAAGGCUUUAAACUGUUGUUUUUUUCAGAAGUGUGUAGAUGUAUUUCUUGGGUCUAAAGAAAAUCAGGUGGGACACUGUAGGCAUUGUUAUAGGUUCAUCUAAGUAAAUUGCUCUAGUGUCUGGUGACCCCCUAGCUCUGUCCCGUUCAGUGUGUGUUUUUUUUUUUUUUUGCUCAUUAAAGACGUUUGCUUAAUUAAUCCGUUUUGUUAUAUAAGAUCAUGCCCCUCCAGUCUCACUGCUCAAUUCUUGCAAUUGCUUGAUUUGCAAGCUAUAUAAACUUUAUCUUCUGUGGUAGGAGGAACAAACUGUAAAAACAUGUUGCUUAAAAAAAGUGCUUCAUAUUAUGUCAGCAGAAAAGGCAUUGCUGCUCGACUUUCUAUACUCCUGCCUUUUAACAGUUAUAAAUCUGCUCUUUUCUCUUCUAGUUUGUUUAUGAUGAGAAAGAGGUUGCUUUCCCCCCCUUCCCAAUUAUUUUUAGUAAUCUCAGAAAUAGGUUUGGAUAUUUUAUUUUUUUUCCUUAAUUUAAUUGUUUGUGUUUUUUUUCCCAGUGUCUGCCGAGAUUAUUUUUUCAAUGGAGGAAAGAGGAAAAUUAUUGAAAAGGAUGCACGCAGAGCUGUGUUAAAUAGUACCUUCCCUCUAAACUACGAUGAAGUUCUGAUGUCCUUGAAUCAAAAUAAAGAGUAAGUGUUUCUAUAUGCAGUUUUCUAGUUUGUGGUGUAUUUUGUGUAAUGCAAAAUUAGCAUUUAUGCGGAGGGCGCAAGGCCGGACUGACGAGCUGCAUGGUCGCAAGCAACCUCACAUCCUGCACUUACCCACUCUACAAACCUCUAAAACAUAAUUUAUUCUGGGAUGACAGACCAGCAGCACCGGUCCUCAGUGUGCUGGGAACAUUGGAGCCAGGGAGAGGUUGACUCUCCGAGUUACAGUCCCCUGGAGGAGAAUUUGCUGCUCCAGAUGGGGCCUUCUCUGGCGGUGAGCGGGGCGGACGGUCUCUGGCCCUCUGCGGGGGUGAUCCCCGGUCCCCACCCUGUGAAUCCGAGAGCAGCAAGGCACAUGGGGCCCGGUGACAUUACUAUCUUGACUAGCAGCCUGAGCACCCUACCUAAGAUGGCGGACGCCACAUGCAUCGAAAGCAGAGAGAGAACAUGCGGCCCUCAGGCACUCAACACAUGGCUUAACUACCUAGUGCGGGCAAAUCAACUCCCCACAACAACCACCUGUAAGCACCCAUCGCAGCGCCCCAGCACACCACAUAUCACAAGGGGCACAGAAUUGGGUUGUGGCUCCAACACAGGAGAGAGCCGGUUUCGGGCAAAAGAAGCAGGAACACUGCAAGCCAGCAACCGCAUCAAAGAACCAUCUGAAAAUCAUUACACAGAUGCUGGUAACCCAGACAAACCGAGGAGCCCUUCUCUCACACAACGAGCUGCACCUGGACGGUCACACACACCAUACCCCAAUCAGCACAGAAGACACCGCAUAACAUAUAGACAGCCGAGCAGCGAUGGGGCGCAUCUUAGCCCACAGAAGAUCCCAUCACAUCUGAGAACAGAGCCCAUCUUGCACCACCACUUUGCUGCCAUCUCUCCAGCAGUCUCCCCUGAAGCAACGGACUCUCCACUUCAGCAAUGGAAUGGGCUGACAGCCGGCACAGAACACACACAGGCUGGACGCUACAGGCUACUACCAAACCCUGCCUGUCUUGCUGUGUUAACGGAGGACUUGGGAGCAAACGAUGCUUGGCUGGCCAGGGUAACCAUUACAUAGAAGUUCUUGGCAUGGUCGGUUCCCCUGGCUUGCCGAAGUUGCCCAGUAUAUAAAUGUUCUUUUGGCACGAUAAGUUUGCCAGGCCUCCCAGAGUAGCCUAGUAUGUAAAAAAAAAAAAAAAAAAAAAUUGUUUGGCAUGACCGUGUGUGUAUGUAUAUGUAUAUAUGUAUGUGUGUGUAUAUGUAUAUUCUCCAAACAUAAUUGAAUUGCCUAGCUGGAUAUAUUGUGUACAGCAUACGCCACCUCUCAUUACAUAGCAACAUUUGUGACCUCUAUGUCCAACAGCGAAAACACUAGCACUACACCCUUAGAACGCACUCAGGCAACUCAUACGCUGACAGGCUACACCUCAUAGGCACACUCUUAACCUCUCGACUUUCUACGACACAGGAUAUGCUGUGUCUGUAUCGCUUCCCAACACGAUCACCACAAUACUACAUAUAAUAACAAAAGCUUACGGAUAUCUCCUGUACUUGCUUUAAAAACGGUGCAUUGUCUAUCUUUACCUCAUCUGUGAAAUGUUAUAAAGCUUGUGGAAUUCUGUUGGGGUACCCCAAGCAUGUUUGUACCUUACGUAUGCACUAUAAAAAAAAAAAAGUGGAAAUGUAAUCCACUCCUUGAACAGCCACAUUGUUCAACAGAAGGUUUAUUUUGUAUUGAUCAUGAAGCUGUCCUUAACCCCUUAAGGACCGGCCUGGUUUUGCAAUGUUGUACGUUAAGGAUCAGAGCAGUUUUGACACUUUUGUGGUGUUUAGCUGUCAUUUUCCCCUCUCUCAUUUACGGUUCCCAUACAAGUUAUAUAUUGGGUUUUUUUUAUGGUGAAAAACAUAUUUUUGGACUUUUACUUAUCUACAAAAGCUAAUGAAGAAAACUGCUAAAUAGAUUCAAAAUUUUGUCCCGAGUUUAAAAACACCCAGUGUUUACAUGCUUUAUUGCUUUUUUUGCAAGAUAUAGGUCUAUAAAUACAAGUAGGAAAUUGCUGUUUCUCUCUUCCAUAGUGACAUUGUAGCACAGUUAUCUGUCAUAAAUCCCCGAAUCACACCUCACAUGUACAUAUUUUUUUUUAAGUAGACAACCCAAGGUAUUCAAAAUGGGGCAUGUCCAGUCUUUUUUUAUUUUUUUUUUUUUUUUUUUUUUUGUAGCCACAUAGUCCCAAGCUCUGGCCAAAGUAAGCAUUUAUAUUUGUGUGUUAAAAAUGCAAAAAAGUUAACUUUGGCCAGUGUUUGUGACUAAGUGGCUACUAAAAUAGGCUGAACAUACCCCAUUUGCAAUACCUUGGGUUUUCUUCUUUUGCAAAUGGUAUGCCAUCAUGGGGGUAAUUCUCAUUCCUGGGCUACCGUACGCUCUCAAAGGCAACCUAACCAAUCUGACAAAUUUCAAUAAAAAAAAGUAAAAUCAAGCCUUAUAUUUGACCCUUUAACUUUCACAAACACUAUAAAAUCUCUACAUGUGGGGUACUAUUAUACUCAGGAGACUUCGCUGAACACAAAUAUUGGUGUAGCAGAACAGUAAAAUGUAUCACAGCAAUAAUAUAAUCAGUGAAAGUGCCGUUUGUGUGUGGAAAAAUGCAAAAAAGUAACUUUCACUGGCCAUAUCAUUUCUGUGAUAUGUUUUACUGUUUUGAAACUAAUAUUUGUGUUCAGCGAAGUCUCCUGAGAAACUGUUUCUCUUCCUCUCCCCCCCAUGUACAGGUUUCUAGGGUGUCAUAGAAAGUUACAGGGUUAAACACAGUUCUAGCAAAUUAAAUUCUCAGGACUUUCGGCCUGGGUUGGCAGGCAGUUCCCUCAAAUUGCAAUCAUUAAAAUUACUUAAUUAGGUAAAAAUAUUACAUAAAUACGCACAUAGAAUUUUAAUAUACAUAUUUGUAUAUCUAUGAAAUUAUUGAUGUAAUUAUGUAUAUGGACAUAUGUAUAUUUCAUAUUUUUAUUUAUACAUGUAUAUCAUUACAUUCUAAGUGUAUUUUGAUAUGAAUAUAUUAUCAAAAUACUGUUAGAAUAAAAUUAAAUAUAUAUAAUUAUUUUAACUAUUUUUUAUUUAACAUAUUUAUAAUACAAUAGUUAUUAUAUAUAGUGUGUAUUUUUAUAUUAAUAUGUAUAUAAAAAUACACUUAGUAUGACAUUAUAUAUACAUAUAACACGUGUGUGUGUGUGUGUGUGUGUGUGUGUGUGUGUGUGUGUAUUUAUAUUUUUUUACACUGCUUUAUUUUUAACUUUAUUUUUGAUUUUUCACUUGCACGGAGACUGCCUGUCAGCACAGACAGUCCCCCUGCAGGCAGAUACAGGCACCUAUUGCGGCCGAGGGGAGACUGCCCGGGCAGACAGGCAGUCCCCCUGGACCGGAGGAGUGCCGAUCGCUGCCGGGGGACCGACCGCGAUCAGGUAAGUAGCCCCAGACCAUUAUGACGGUUCAGGACAGUCAUCGGUCCCCAAGGGGAUUUUUCCGAUGACGGUCCUGAACUGUCAUCAAAGGGUUAAAGGAGCACUAUAGUGCCAGGAAAACAAACUUAUUUUCCUGGCACUAUAGGGUCAUUAGGGGCCCCUCCUGUUGGGCUGAAGGGGUUAAAACUUAAGCCACUUGCCUUUCUCCAGCACCGGGCUCCCUCAGCGAUGGUGACCUCUACUCCUCCUUCCGACGCGCAAGAGCCUUACUCAAUGCUUUCCUAUGGGCAUCCAGCAUUUUUAACAGUGAGAAUUCAGGGAGACAGCCACUAGAGGCUGGAUUAACCCUCAGUGUAUAUUUUCAGCUGCAGGGUUAAAGCCAGAAGGUUCUGGCACCCAGACCACUUCAUUGAGUUGAAGUGGUCUUAAUGCGUAUGGUGGUCCUUUAAAUCAUGCAUCCUGAGUGUGCUGCUUAUUGUAUAGAACAGUUACCCCCAAAUUGAUGCACAAUAUAACUAAAAACGUCUUUAAUAUGGUACUCGUCUAGGCUAGGACUUUAGGGAGUAUCCUUGUAGACUCUGGGACUUUCUGAAAACUAAUCUCUAUGCACUUUAAUACUAAAAGAUUUAUAUAUAUAUAUUUUUUUUUUUCACUUUCUGUCACACCUCUAUAUAAGAAUAUCAAACUUUCAAAGCUUAUUACAAUCCGUUCCCUCUUGGGACAGCUUGAUGAUAUUAAUCUUAUAUUCACUUGUAACUAAUUGCCAAGUCACUUGUGAUGUGGAAAUACAUCAUGGUAAAUGUGUAGAAGUUAUUUGAUGGUGAAAUCCCUCUGUAUUAAGGUGUUGACACGCUACUAGUAGCUGUCAAUUAGUUUUUAAUUAACAUCAAUCAUGUUUCUUAUUAAACUACUUGCACUUUUUAGUGUUUUUGUUUUUGGGAUAUUUUCAAAUGAACUCAAUAUAUUCAUGGUCUAAUGAAUAUAGGGGUAUGUAAAGAACAAACAGGCUUAUUCAAAUUAAUCAAUUUAUAUCCUUUAGUCCAGUCUAACCUAUUUAAUUUUACAUAUCCAGGUUUGAUGUAAAGAAGGGUUUUUUUUUUUUUUUUUUAUAUUGCAAACACUGGAAGACUGUGUUUUUUUUUGUUUUUCAUAAAAAAAAUAAUUUAUGUCUUAGGUUUCAUCACUCUGGAAAGAUGAGGUUGCUCGAUGUCGGAAGCUGCUACAAUCCAUUUCUCAAGUAUGAAGACAUCUUGGCAGUUGGGAUUGACAUUGUUCCUGCCGUUGAGGUUAAUUCCUUAAAAAUUAUGCAUGUAUGAAGUAGUACUAACAUUUUCUAAGUGUGACAUAAUUUUUUUUUUUUUUUUUUUUGCCGCACAAGCAAAUGUAAUUAAAGAGAAAUGAACGUGUUCUGUUAAAAUUGCUUUUUAGUGAAUGUGUACUGGAUCAUAUCUAUAGCUCAAAAUUUUGAAUGUUUUGCCCCCACCCCUUUAAUAAAUCAUUGUUAUAUGCUCUGUCCUGUGCUAUUGUUAGUCAGCAUAAAGAAAGCUACAAGAGGCUUCUGAUCUGCAUUGUGUGCUUGAAUUAUGCUAUUUGCUAAAUCUGUAACAAUAAAAAGCAGAACACCUAAUUAUUUUUUUUUAAUUCUGUUUACUAUGCAAAAAGUGUCAGUUCCUGAUUAAUAUCUAAUGUACCAAACUUUAUUUUUCUCUUUAACAGACUGUGCACAGGUGUGACUUCCUGAAUCUGCAAAUACGCCAGCCUCUUCAGCUUGCUCCUGAGGCCGUUGAUAUUUUCCUGAAGAACCUACGAAGUCCAAUUGAGAGCUUGCAUUCUGAGCUUUUUGAUGUAGUUGUUUUCUCCCUUCUCCUUUCUUAUUUUCCUUCACGUUACCAACGUUGGCUUUGCUGUAAAAAGGCCCACGAACUUCUUGCACUAAACGGUUUGCUGCUUAUCAUCACCCCUGAUUCCUCACAUCAGAAUCGUCAUGCUUUAAUGAUGAAAAGCUGGAAGAUCGCAAUUGAGUCUCUCGGCUUUAAACGCAUGAUUUACUCAAAAUUUGCUCACAUGCAUCUCAUGGCCUUUAGAAAAACAUCAUUGAAAACUACAUGUGACUUGAUUACUAGGAAUUAUCCAGACAUGCUCUAUAUUCCUCAAGAUUUUAACUUUAUGAGUGAAAAAGGAUAUUCGCGUACCUCUUACGUCCGCUCAGAGCGUGAAAAUGAACAACUAGCGUGCACUUUUUCUGAGCUACCAGGUGGUCCUUUUGAGUCUGACUCACGUGCAGGUCAGACUAGCACAAGGUCUUUCUAUGAGUUCGAAGAACCUAUACUACUUAUGAACUAGAGUAGUGUAUGUACCGAACAGCCUUUUUGGAUGCGUUGCCAAAUUGUCUUUCUCCAACCCUAGACUUGAAACAAAGAUGUUUACAAACUAUUUUUCCAACACCUAUGUAUUAAAGGGGUGUUUUUGUUUUUUCUCUUGUAUAAGAACAGGGCGGUUGCUACUUUGUAAAAUGUAUAGUUUCAUUUGUAUGACCAGGUACUACAAGCUGCGUGAUGCAUAUCAUUUUUUUUUUUUAAAUGAAGUAGAAUCACUGACAUUUCUUUACUAAACUCCAGAUUUUAGCAAAUUAAAUUGAAAUUGCAAAAAUAAUCAGGCUUUGAGUAGAGCUGAACUGAAUAAUUUUUUUUUUUUCACAGCACUAAUCUUUUGCCUAUAUUUUACAAUUUGGAUUUAAGCAGCUAAAUUCCGAGUUUAGAGAAUAACCCUGAGAGUAAUGAUGGUGUACACCAGAGCACACAUGACUUUAUGGAACACUCAAAGUAGAAUUUUUUUUAUUUUUAAAUUAGACUUAUUCCGUGUUCCCUUUACAAUAUUUUCCCCAUGGUGUGUAUGGUGGAGUGUUUAGGUUUUUUAUUUAUUUUUCUCCUUAUUCAAAAUUAAAACACACUAAAACUUGCUGUGGUUCCAGAGUAGGACAGUCUCUUCUUUGCAGCCUGAUCCUCUUCCAUUAAAGUCAUUAAGACUGACACUUGUCUAAGAUGCUUCAGACUAGCAAUAAGGUUACAUGGCUUACGUGCUGCAAUGCCUUCAUCCAACAAUUCAUUGCUUCUCUAACAAUUGAAUCACAUUGUGUCUAAAACCACCUAGUAACGGUCUUUCUGCAAGCCACUGGUAGGCCUGCUUUAAAAAAAAAAAGCAGGGGCAGCCUGUAUGCUCAAUAACACCUAUUUAAGAUGAGGUGAUUUUUGGUACUAAGACUGCCCCUUUAAAUAAAUUGUUUUAGCAUACUGUGUUGUUUUUGGCAAAACCUUUCAAUAAUUCCAUUCCAUACCAUGUGUGUUUUGGGCAGUUUGAUGUGCACCAGUCCUAGCUAGAUGACUAAGAAGGUUUCACCCUAAUAACAGAGCACAUUAGUUAAAUAAUUGUUGGAGGUUUUUUCUUUUCCCUUUCCUGCUGCCUUGACAGAAACUCUAACAGUUUUACACAACAGGUGUAAGACUUUACUGUACAUUAUUGCAUUAAAGCUUCUCUUUAGAGUAAAAAAGUGUUGCACAUUCGAGUAGCUGUUUUCAUUUUUGGAAAGGUAUGUUUUGCACAGAUUAAGAGAAAUCACUCCAGUUUUUAAGAUUUAUGGGGUUAUUCACCAAUCUCUGGACUGUAGUCCAUUAAACCCAAUAUGGAAAAUUCAGGCUAAAAUAGCCAAACUUUGAUAAGACCAGAGUUUGAAAUAUUUUUUUUCUUCUUUCAAUGUAGUUACUUUUGUCUAAAUUAUGUAAAUGGGAAUUAAUUUGCUAAUGUGCAGAGUUUAGUGUAUAUCCCUGAUUUGAUACGGUUUCAGUUUAUUUCUAACCCUGAGUUUUUGUUUUUUUUCGUUCUUAAUACCUCAUUGAUACUUUGCACUGAAAUAAAUUUGGAUUUACGGUUUGUAUUAAAGGGGUAGAUUCAGAGAUGUGCAUCUCUGAAUCUAUUUUAUGUCAACUUCGUUUUUGUUUUUUUGUUUUUUUUUCCUUUUUCUUAUGAAACCAUGGGAGCCAUUUUAAAAAUGCUUCACAAUACUUGGUGUUUAAAGCUUCUUUUUAAGUAGUUGGGUACCACAAUAAAAAAAUAAAAAUAAAGAGAGUAUUAAGCUUUGUUAAAAUGUUUGUCUUCCUAAUAAAACCUAGACUGUAUUACACCAAAA